AGGUUGACAAUAGUUCUUUAACUGGUGAAUCAGAGGCACUUCCCCGUUCAUCUGAGUGCACAAGUGAAAAUCCGUUGGAGUCAAGGAAUAUGGCCUUUUUUUCUUCUAAUGCAGUAGAAGGUACAUGCACUGGAGUUGUUGUAAAAACAGGAGACAGGACUGUAAUGGGACGCAUUGCUCAGUUAACAAGCAAUAUUGUUGAAGAAAGAACUCCAAUAGCAGCAGAGAUUUCGCAUUUCAUCCACAUCAUAACCACUGUCGCAGUGUUUCUUGGAUUUUCUUUCUUCAUUAUUGGACUAGUUUUACAGUAUGAAUUACUGGAAGCUGCCGUCUAUCUUAUUGGUAUAAUAGUCGCCAAUGUGCCAGAAGGACUCCUUGCGACAGUUACGGUGUGUCUAACUUUGACAGCUCAGCAGAUGAAGGUGAAAAAUUGUUUAGUAAGAAAGCUGGAGGCUGUAGAGACCCUUGGAAGUACAUCAGUCAUAUGCUCCGACAAGACUGGAACACUUACUCAGAACAGAAUGACUGUUGCACAUAUGUGGUUUAGUGAAAAAGUUCAUGAUGCUAACACUAAUGAAGACCAACAAAAUCCGGAGAAAACAAGACGAGAAGGAAGUAUUGGCUGGAAAGCACUGGCUCGUGUUGCUGGGUUGUGUAACAGAGCAGUGUUUAUUGAAGGUCAAGCUGGAAAAAGUAUUUUGGACAAAGUCUGCAAUGGAGAUGCAUCAGAAACAGCUUUGCUGAAAUGUUUUGAGCUAGAAGUUGGUAAUAUAGAUGGAUAUCGGCUACAGUACCCAAGAGUGUGUGAAAUCCCGUUCAACUCUGCAAAUAAGUACCAGAUUUCAAUUCAUGAGCAACCUCAUAGCGAUGGUUAUAUGUUGGUUAUGAAAGGUGCACCAGAAAGGAUUAUGGACCACUGCUCAUCAUACCUUAGCAAAGAAGGGCAGGAGAAGCUAAUUGAUGAGCAAUUUAUUGAGAGAUUUAAUGAAGUGUACCUUGAACUUGGAGGAAAGGGGGAACGUGUUUUAGGGUUUGCCCAUCUAGCUCUUCAGCCAGAUCUUUAUCCAAGAGGUUACAGUUUUGAUUUGGAAAAGGAAAACUUCCCGGUUAAAGGACUGUGCUUUGUUGGUCUAAUGUCCCUAAUAGACCCUCCAAGAUCGAACGUGCCCGAAGCUGUAACUAAGUGUCGUCAGGCUGGAAUCAAGGUAAUAAUGGUGACUGGAGACCACCCUAUCACUGCAAAAUCAAUUGCUAGGAUGGUUGGGAUUAUUAGUCCAGGUAAUACAACACAAGAUGAAGUUAGAGAUGAAAAUAGUAUGCUCGAACCAAAAGCUAUAAUUGUUCAUGGAGGGGAAUUAAAUCAUAUGAGUGAUGAAGAUGUUGAUAAUAUACUCACUGGUUAUGAAGAGAUUGUUUUUGCCCGGACAUCUCCAACUCAAAAAUUACGUAUUGUCGAAGGAUGUAUGAGGGCAGGGUGGGUGGUAGCUGUUACAGGUGAUGGAGUCAAUGAUGCUCCUGCCCUCAGACGUGCUAAUAUUGGUGUUGCAAUGGGAAUAACAGGCUCAGAUGUAUCAAAACAGGCAGCUGAUAUGAUACUACUUGAUGAUAAUUUUGCCUCAAUUGUGACAGGAGUUGAGGAAGGAAGACUUAUAUUUGAUAACCUGAAGAAGUCCAUUGCCUACACUCUUACAUCUAAUAUUCCAGAACUGACACCAUUUCUCUUCUUCAUAGUGGCUAACGUUCCACUUCCUCUCGGAACAAUUACUAUUCUCUGCAUUGAUCUUGGGACAGACCUUAUACCAGCAAUAUCUUUAGCCUAUGAGAAACCUGAAAGUAACAUCAUGGAAAGACCUCCAAGGGAUCCAUUAAGGGAUAAGCUGGUUAAUAACAGACUGAUCAACAUGGCUUAUGGACAAAUUGGAAUUAUUCAGGCUAUGGCUGGUUUUUUUACCUACUUCGUCAUAAUGGGGCAGAAUGGAUUUCUUCCGCAAGAUCUAUUUUUUCUGAGGAGGUUAUGGGACAAGCAUAGCACCCUGUUAGGAGAUAGUUACGGACAAGAGUGGGUAAGUUUG